AUGUCCCGACCUCCACACCACCGCCAUAACCUGUCAGCAACAUCCAUACCCUUUGUAUCACCAUACGGUUCAACUACAUCGUUAGAGGAUGAAUCGCCUGAAGAAGUGGUAACGCCAUCUAUUCGAGAACGAAAGUUUGGACAAACCUUAGGACUGCGAACGACUUUCCAAGGUUCAAUUGGAUCAGAACCUACCAAUGGAUUGCCUGAUUUGUUCCAUUGGGGCAGGUGUUUCAGUACAAGAUCGUCUCAGUACUUGAACCAUGACUUUUCCGCCGACGAAAAUAAGUUGGAUCAACGAGAUGACGACGGUUACGUCGGCUUUUACCACUAUGCCAAUGGACUUGAUUUUACUUCAGGAAUCUCGGCAAUUGAGGCCUAUAUUUGCUCAAUUGUGGGGAUAAAACGUACAGAAGAGGUCUACAACUGGAAACGAGAUAUGACGAGUGAGUUCAGCUCGAAGAAAGAGAUGGUGGUGACUUUUUGCCUGUACAACAUAUUUGCCAAAGCAGAACUUCGGACUCGGUACAUUUUGUAUCUCACGGGCUUUAAUACCAAGAAUCCCAUAAACAUAGACAAGAGUUUCCACAUAAUUCCAGAUCUGCAGGGCAGUCGGAUAAGGAAAUCUUGCUCAUUCACCGUUGACACUGUUCUGGAAAUUCAACCUCUUUUCUGGCAAGAAUUGACUGCAUCGCUGAUAAUAAGGUUGUUUAAUCACUUAGACAACCCAGCAAACCAAUUGACAGGUCUCGUUAGUUUUCCCCACCAUCUUCGAUCAAACGAGGCGAUUCAAAAUGCCAUCCGGACAUUGAUACCUUUUCUUCCCCGUGGAUUGAUGACUCCAUGUCCAGCUACUUAUGGGAAACCCACUGGAUGUAAUAACAAAGACAAUAAGAUCAACUUCUAUAAUAACAGCUUGACAGAUGCAUUAAUAAGGUUGUGUCAAUUUGAACCGAGCGGUGCUGUCGCUCAAUUUGCAGCCGAUCAAAUUGCCAUUCAGUACGGUCUGUCUGACGAAAACUGGAAGGUAAUUGUACUAAGAUUACUAAGUUUGCAUAACAACUCGGUCCUGGAGAACCAAUUCGUUAUCGAUCUCCAUCAAAGCUUGACCGGUUCAGGCUUACUAACCACCACUGGUGCUCUUCUUUUACAAGAGCAAAUCAGGUACUUGAUCUCAAAAGGAAAUUACGACACAGCUCUGCUCAUGGCCCAGAAGGGAGUGGAGAUCCUUCCAUUAGAUUUUGAGAGCUGGUAUUCUCUCGUGGUGUGCUAUAUCUUGCAGAAAAAAUUCAGCAAAGCGCUUCUCAUCUUAAACAACAUUCCAUUAAUUACCAACCAAAAGCAAGGACACUUGGAUGAUAUCUGUGGUGUACGUGACUUCUUUUCCACCACUUUUAUAGGGCGCCUAGCGACCCGCUCCGAACCCAUAUCAGAACAGACAUUCAAGGCUUACUUUCCAACUCCUCAAGUGAAACUUUCAAGUUAUUCGAGACUUUUGGCACAGAACCAAAAGAAGGGCGAUCGCCUAGUUGAAGAAGGAUCAAUUAGCAAACUUUGGAAUGACUAUUUCUUGUUCAAUCCCCAAUCAAGGCACCCUUUCAAUGGGUAUCAAUUCUACCAGUCGCCGCUCAUGAACUGUUCCGCAAGAACACUAUCCACUGUUGAUUCCAAUCUUACCAAGGUCACUGGUCCUGCUGCCUCGAAGAUAGCAUUGUCGGCACAAUCAGCAGGUAUUCCUUCGCUGUCUAUUCUCAAUUUCGAGACGAUAUCCACUUGGGGACGAUGCUACGACUUACUUACUAUGAUGGUGGCUGUGGAUGGAUGGGAUAACUUGGUCAGACGCAAAGAAUCACUCUUCAUCUCGUCGGCCCUCCUGAGUACCGAUUUUGUAGUUGGUGAGCUGGAAGGCUCGAACCUCGUUGCCUGCUCACCAUGGCUCGAUAAGAUGUUUUUUGUCUUGUACGAAGACUUGCGUACGCUUAUGACGCUUUCACACCGCAAUCGUGAGCAGCAGCACAGUGCUUUAGAAUGGGAAAUGAUGGGAUUACUUGGAUGGUCCAUAAAGUAUAACUUGAAGGAGUCCAUCAGUGCCUUAAUUACGAGUGUCAUUGCUACGUCUGCCAAUGGAGAUUUUGAUUACUUUGCGACGGUCAAGCUUCUUGAAAUCUACUACGAGUUGGUUUUGAGUGAAAACUCCAUGGGCGACUCCUAUACCCAUGAAGUUUACUCGCGCAAGUUGAUCUUGCAGCUGUAUGGCAACGCUUAUGAGGUAUUCGUUUCUGACUUGGAAGAGAAUUACCUUACUUUAGACUUUGUUCUACUCAUCAUACUCAAGUUGGUGAGCUGGAACUUGCGGUGGUACCAGUACAUUCCAAAUCAUCUCAUCACCAAAGUCAUAAACGGAUUGUGCAACAAGCACGAUUCGGUGUAUAUACGAAGCAAGAUGAGAGUGGUAUUUGAGCAGAAUAAGAAGAGCACAAAGGCUCGGGGAAUGUUUUCCACUGCCUCCAAGGACAACUUUGAGUUUGUGGAAGACGACACCAUUGUCGACUACUGCGAGCGUCUUAUUAACUGGCUAGAAGACUUGAGACAUACAUAA